UCGGCUUCGCAAGGUGGAGGUCGGAGGUACACCGCUGUUGAAAGCAACGAUUUCGACGUUACAGCCCUUCUCUGUGUCUAAUGUGUAUAGUCCGCCUGGUUUAGACAUUUCUUGUCUGCCUCAAUGUCUUCUCAUCUUCCGCCCACUCCAGGCCUUCACUUGCCAGCAAAACCCGCUCGCAUGUCUCCCACUGUUGGCCAAGCUCUUCAUCGACCUCCUCGUCCUGUUCCGCGGAGACCAGCCGUGGACGCUCAACCCCCUCUUUCACGCUCUGCACAACGCUCUCUUUAAUCCUCCUCCGUUCUGGCAGAACAGUCGCCAACCUGCCCAUCUUCAACACUCCCACUCUCUCCUCCGCGGUACCCGGACCGCUCCCCGUCCGCACAAACCCUGCGCUCCUAACAUCGCGCGUGCGUACCGUCACCGUCUCUCUCGUCCACGCCUCGUCCGGGACUGUGCGCUGCGCAUCCUCGCUCCCAUUACGCACGCGCCGCCGCUCUGCCCUCCGCGACUGCUGCCAGAGCGUCUCGUCAGUGGCUUUCUGAAGCGCCAGCCCCGCGCGGUUCGGCAGGUGCAGAUCCACACCCCCGUCGUCGUCCUCGAAAUUGGUAUGUGGGCGGGCGUAGUACCGCAGAUAUCGCAGUUGCUGGGCCGUGGCGGGCGGGCCGUGGAACAUCACGGGGCAAAGAGGGAUGAGGUAGCAGUGCAGCUCGAGGAUGGGCCCGCAUGAUCGUAUCGAAGAUCCGGCGCUGCUGCAGCAGCAGUUUGGCUGCUCGUGGUCGGGCGGAGGUUCUCGAAUGGACAGCUGACCGGCGUCGAUGCAGCUGUUGCUCGCGGCGCUGUUGUUGCUGCGCGAUGAGGCCGUCGGGCUUGACCGUGACCAUGUCGGUGAUAGUCUUGCGCGGGCGGAGGGAGAAUCAGAGAGGUCGACAUACAUGUGGCGCACCCGCCAGCCGUGGCUGUGGAAAAAGUGCGCUAUGGGCCGCGAGGAAGUGGUGAAUGUUGGGAGCUCGGGCUUGUAGGGGUUCCGCUUUGGCGGCGGGAGAGGGUGGAUGAGUAUGUACGGCAUGAUGUGUUGAGAGCCGGCGCGAAUUCGUUGCGCGAGUCUGGAGAUGCCAAGGAUGGUAGUGGUGGGAAUUAUUGGGUGAAGAGUUGGCGGAAGACAGGUAAAUAUGGGUGUGUGGCUGUGGAGGACCUCUUCACUGACCGUGUGGGGAU